AAAUCAUUUAGGAAUAUUUUAUUUCUAUCAAAGAAAGUUGGUCACUUAUAUUACUUACUAACCUCUUUAAAGAGUACGAGUUACAUUAUAAAAAUGGCGACUCGUCUAUUAAAAAUUGGUUCUGCUCUGCGAAAUUAUUCUGAUAAAACGAAUCUUAUAAAGAUUCCAAAACAAUGGAGAUCUACUGCUGUUUCUUUAAAAGAAAUACUUAUCAAUCAACCAGCAACCAAGGUUUCAACUUUAAACAAUGGUAUGAGAAUAGCUACUGAAAAUAGUGGUGCUUCAACAGCUACUGUUGGACUUUGGAUAGAUUCUGGAAGUCGAUUUGAAGAUGAUAAAAAUAAUGGUGUUGCACACUUCAUGGAACACAUGGCCUUUAAAGGUACUACAAAACGCUCACAAACUGAUCUAGAAUUAGAAAUUGAGAACAUGGGUGCUCACCUUAAUGCAUAUACGAGUCGUGAACAGACUGUAUUUUAUGCUAAAUGCCUUUCGCAAGAUGUUCCAAAAGCAGUUGAAAUUCUCAGUGAUAUCAUACAAAAUUCAAAACUUGGUGAAAGUGAAAUUGAAAGAGAACGUGGUGUUAUUCUAAGAGAAAUGCAGGAAGUUGAAACAAAUCUUCAAGAGGUUGUAUUUGAUCAUUUACAUGCUACAGCGUACCAAGGCACUUCACUUGGAAGAACGAUACUUGGACCUACUAAAAAUAUUAAAACUAUUUCAAGAGACGAUCUGGUUUCAUAUGUAAAAACUCAUUAUGGUCCAGCUAGGUUUGUUUUAGCUGGUGCUGGUGGUAUUGAGCAUGAACAAUUGGUAGGAUUGGCAAAUAAAUAUUUUAGUGGAAUGUGUCAACCAAAAUAUGAUGAAAUUCCACCUUAUAAACUUCCCUGCAGAUAUACUGGGUCAGAAAUAAGAGUUCGUGAUGAUAGUAUUCCACUUGCACAUAUUGCUAUAGCAGUUGAAGGUGUAGGUUGGGCUGAUCCAGAUAACAUUCCUCUUAUGGUUGCAAAUACUCUUAUGGGGGCAUGGGAUCGUAGUCAAGGAGGUGGAAUAAAUAAUGCUAGCAAUCUAGCUAAAGAAAGUGCAGAAGAUGGAUUAUGUCAUAGUUAUCAAAGUUUUAAUACGUGUUAUAAGGAUACUGGACUUUGGGGUAUUUAUUUCGUUUGCGAUCCAAUGCUAUGCGAAGAAUUUACAUGGAGUCUUCAAAAGGAGUGGAUGCGAUUAUGUACAUCUGUUACAGAAAAAGAAGUAACACGUGCAAAAAAUAUUCUCAAAACAAAUAUGCUAUUACAGCUCGAUGGAACCACUGCAAUUUGUGAAGAUAUUGGUCGCCAAAUACUUUGUUAUAAUCGACGCAUUCCAUUACAUGAACUUGAAAUGAGGAUAGAAAAUGUCACUGCCAAAACCAUUCACGAAGUUGGAAUGAAAUAUAUUUAUGAUACUUGUCCAGCAAUUGCUGCAGUUGGUCCAGUAGAAAACUUACCAGAGUACAAUUGUAUUCGCUCUCGCAUGUAUUUGUUGCGUGUAUAAAGUUAUUAAUACAUAAUAAAAGAGUCGCCAUUGAAGAUGUAACCUUUAGUUUAAAUUUAUUAACAUAAUAUAUUUGCAAUGUGCAAUAAUCUCCUAUUUAAAUAUUCGAAGAUUUUUAGGUAUGUGGCUCAAUCGAAAAUAUGAUAUCUUUAAAUUUGACUUUUCAUUAUAUUCUAUAAUACCUUGUAAUUUUACUAUCAUUUAUCAACGAAGUACAAUGAAAUAAAAUCUCUGAAAAGUA